UACACCAAGUUUGUAGUUCUGGAGAAACUUUUUUUUUUUUCAUUUUCAUGCUGCAAGAGGUCUCUUUUUGUUGUAAUUGGUAGCUUGGUGAUGUCAAAAAAUGUAAACCCAGCCAGAAAAAAAAACAUUUAAAAUACAUGUGAACUAAAAAAAAAAAAAGGAGCUAAGUUACUUUCCUCGUUGGGUGAGUUAGCAGAGAGAUGGCAGGGCAGGAACAGAUGCCGGAAUGCGAUGUCGAUGUCCCGGUCAUUUUUGCAGAGUCGCUGUAUGUAUACACGGAGCUGUUAACGGGGGCCACGGUGUGUGGAGGACUGUCGGGACUGUUAGCCGCUGCCCUUUUGUAUGUCUUCUGCCUGAAGCCUCUGCUGUUGACGAGACAAGGUUACAAUGCAAGGAGGCUGCUUGAGCCUGAUGACGGGGAGCUAGACAACAACCAAAGUGACUGUGUCAGCAACAGCAGAAAGGAGGCUGCAAGUGGUACCACUAAUGAAAAAGAGAAGAAGCAGCCACCCAUGAACAGUGAUGUGGCUGCAUUUGCAUCCAGAGCAAAGGUGGUUUAUCCCAUCAACCAAAAAUACAGACCAUUAGCAGACGGAGCGUCCAACCCGUCACUACAUGAGCACUCCAAGUUGCCUGCAAUGCCUAAUGAGGAGUCAUCCUCCUCCACAGACGGAGAGUCCCUGAGCCAAGAGCAAGACAACGAUGACAGCAGUCAGUUUAUCUCCUCCUCGCUGGUCCCCAGGAGCCUGCAGAACCAGAGCUUCACCAGGGUCUCUCACUACCCUCACACACUGACACAAACAGGUUUUGAAGGUAGGAUCAGUCUUUACUGUUUGGCCCUGCAGGAUAUACAACAGCAUUGCUCUCAGCUUCAGGAAGACAAAUAUCUGAUUUUUCUUCAAAUGAUGAAACUAAUAUUCAGCUGCCGGUUUCCAAAAGACAAAAAUGAUGCUGACUUCUGCAAGGACAUUCUUCAAAUGCAGGAAAAGGAACUAAAUGAGCUUAAGAAGCAGUUGCCACCAGGCCAGACUGCCAGGGAGAAGAGCGAUGAUGCUCCCUGUACACUGGAGGAGAUUGAGAGAGCUCAGAAAGAUCUCCUUGAACGUGGCCUUCAAACGUCCAGAGGUUUCAGCAAACAGGUGGAGGACUUGUGUCAGCAUCUGCUGAGGAAGACCAGCAUUUUCUCUCCAGAUGAAGCCCAGGAUGUGAAUCUGUCUCUCAUCCGAACUCUUUUAUUAGUAGAGAAUCAUCUUGUGAGCACACAAGAAGCAGACCUAAAAAGAAUACAGCAGAAGCUGCUGCGCUGGGAGGAGCUGACAGGGCUUCUUCAAUCCCAACCUGCUUUGUUAAAGCGGGAAGUGUCUCUGAGGCAAGGCCUGAUAGCCACAACACUGGAGCAGCUGACAAGUGAUGACAUCUUGACCUUUAGCCACAUGGAAAAGAUACUUUCAGAAGUUCAGGCCACUCUGACCGAAGGCCUUCAACAGUGCACUGAGGAGUGCACACAGAAGACCAAGGAGCUGGUGGACGACAAGUGCAGCAAAAUAGAGUCCAAGCGGAAGAAGCUUCAGAGGAGCCAGAGCAAGGAAAAGAGCCACGCCCUGGAACUGAUACAGACUCACAGUGACCUACAGCAGCUCACCAAGGUAUACCAGGAGCUGCUGAUGAAACACAGGCAGCAGAUUUCUGAUCUGGAGCUGCAGCAGGAGAACAGGGUGGCUGAUGCUCUCUGUGACCUUUGGAGGAAAUGUCGUACCUCCUGGUCAAAGAAGCUCGGGGAGCUCGCCAAGGACAUCUUUCUGGCCUCGGUCCUUGCCCCGUCAAAACUCUCUGCGGAGCGCUGUGAGAAGCUGUGGUCGGAUCUGGAGCAGGAGCUGGCUGCACAGCUGCAGCAGGCCGAGUGCUCUAUCAAGCUGCAACUGGAGGACAUGAGGGCUCAGCUGGAUAAAGAUGGACAGGUGUGGAGUGAGGAGAUGGCUCUAGUGCAGGCCUGUCUCAAACAUCUGAGUGAACAACAGAUGAAGAUCCUCCAAGCCAUGCUGGCCCGACAGAGCUACACACUCAACAGUCAAGUGGGGAAGCUGAUAGAGAAGAAACAUGAGCACCUGUUGGUGGCAGUGCAGCGGUGCUUUGUGGUCAGGCACUUCUGUCUGCACAUGCUGAAGGAGAUGAGGCUGUCCAAGCUGAAGGCGCUGUCUCAGACUGAUUUCAGAGCUGUGCUUAUUGAAGAUCCCAGUAAAAGCCAGUCCUGUGCCAGUUCAACUCUCAAGAAUAGCAGUGCCAGCCUGGCAGAGAGGCAUCUGGGUCCGGAGAGUCAGCUGGUGGGUCACAGCUUCCAGCAGGAGUUCCUUUCUGAACUGGAAACAGGAGUGGAGCUGCUGCAGAGCCAUGCACAGCUGGUGCUUGGCAAUGCCCUCAGCCACGCCAUCCAACAGGUGAUGGAAACCAUGGAGUCAGAGACCUCUCUGAAACCGGACGAUAGCUUGAAGCACCACCUGAUAGAGGCUGCGUCAGAGAGCGUAUACGUGACCAAAGAUUCUCUCACUGCACACGUCCGAAGUUACUACUCCAACCUACAAGACGUUGCCAAAAAACUACAGCAGGAUCAGUCAAACAUAAACUGGGAGGUGGAUGAGAGGAAGGAGAGCAGCGGUCAGCUGAAAAGGGCCUUGCAGAGGGAGCUGGUGAACUGGGGCAAAAAACCCACCUCCGCUGAGUUUCAACAGAGGGUUGAAGUUCACAAAAGGAAGGUGUUGGAGCUGUGUGAUCUGGAACAGGAGACGAUAUAUGAGGAACUGAGGCGGAAGAAAGUGGCCCAAGAUCAAACCAUGGAAAGGAUCAAAAUGCAGCUACAGGAGGCAGAAGAAAGUUUCAUAACUGCUUUGGCAGACUUGGCCCGGGUUUCCCUCCACAGUCCAGAACCAGAACCCAGUGGCGAAGAGGACAACGCUGGUGAUCAGAGUACCACAAUACUGGACCUGCUAGCCCUGAACCCAGCAUUAGAUCCAGCCUUGAAUCCUUCACUGACUCCAACUAUUGUGGCUCCAGUGGUGAAAUCAAAACCAAAGAAAAAACUAGAGCAAGGCUCCCAUCUCAGCUGAAAUCUUAACACACUAAUGUCCUGUAAAAAUCUUCUCUCAUUUUUUAUAGUUUCUGGUCCCUUAUAGAGUAAUACCACUUCCUGUCUGCUGGGACCAAUGCUGUUAUGAAGGUACCGCUCUUAAAAGAGUGUUUUGUUAUAAAGUUAUUAAAAUGUUGCAAUAAUGACAAAAGCAA